AUGGACAUGGACACAAGAGCAGCAAGUACUCCUGACCACUCAGCUGCCUCUCCGAUGUCCCCUCCCCACGCUGUUUCUUCCUCUGAGGCCGCCUUGUAUUUGUUUCCAGGUGGUCACACCACGGAGAUCUUGAGGCUGGUUGGAAGCUUGUCCCGUGCUUACUCACCUAGGCAUUAUGUCAUUGCUGAGUCUGACGAGAUGAGUGCCAGCAAAAUCCAUGCUUUGGAACGUUCUCGAGCCGAGAGAGACUCUCCUACCAAGUGUCCCCAAUACCACCUUCACCGAAUUCCGAGAAGCCGGGAGGUUCGGCAGUCCUGGCUCUCCUCCGUGUUCACCACCUUGAACUCCAUGUGGUUUUCCUUUCCGCUGGUUCACCGAAUAAAGCCAGAUUUGGUGCUAUGUAAUGGACCAGGAACAUGUGUACCUAUCUGUGUGUCUGCCCUGCUCCUUGGGAUUCUUGGAAUCAAGAAAGUGAUCAUUGUCUACGUCGAGAGCAUCUGCCGUGUGGAAACUUUAUCCCUGUCUGGGAAGAUUCUUUGGCACCUCUCUGAUUUCUUCAUUGUUCAGUGGCCAGCUCUUAAGGAGAAAUACCCCAAAUCUAUAUACCUUGGACGAAUUGUUUGACAAAUGGUAACUUAAGAGUCUUGAGAAUUUUCUAAUCACCAAUAAUAUUUACUAUAAUAGCUAUCUUUAUUGUAAAGUUUUCCAAAAGCCCAAAGAAUUACCAGUGAUGAAGAAUUUAAAGUGUGAAAUAACUCAGUGAGGAAAGACAGACAGUAGGCACAGAGUACCAU